GCAGCGCCGGGUGACUAAGAAACAUGGAAAUAGCAAAGGCAUGACAAAAAUGCUUUGCAGAAUUAUAGCGUGGUUGUAUUAUGAAUUCCAUGUUUUAAGUAUUCUUUUUUUCCUCUGUAUGUGUCAGUUAAACAUAAAGUCUUUUUUCUUGAAUAUUUGAUAGAUUUGUCCAGUUUAGGCUUAAAUAAGUUUAAUAGCUACUUGACAGUUUACUCAACUAUUGAUAACUUCUCGAUAAAUUUAACCGCGGCAGGUUAUCUCGAUUGUGUUGCUUUACUGUUUCUCUGAUUGCCAAAAGUAGUUACUAAGAAAUCUGGAAGGGACCGGGUAACACAAAUGGCAGUAUUAUUGAGGUGAUAUUAUUGCGAGAUGUUAUUAUAUGAAUUCUGUAAUACCACAGCAAUGGCUAAAUUGACUUCGUUGCUGUUCCACGUUGGUCGGACGCCUUGCGGGGCUCCGUUGGAAAGUGCAGGGAAAGUUGGGGGGCUCUUGGGUCUGCAGAAACUUGGGUUUGCUGCACCGCGUCGCCAGGCUGCUCGGUUCUAUAGGCGGGGCAUUGUGAAAUCUGCUCAAGAAGACUCUAAAGUCGAGCUGCGGAAGCUCAGAACCACAGAGCUGCACUUCAAGAGAAGAUUAAGAGCAAUAUACAAGAGGUUUUCAGAUUACCCAGACACAACAGUGAUCCAUGGCAGACACCAUGUCUAUUUUGAGGAGGGCGGCAACAUAUACAGAAUGAGCCUGAUCAAUGAUGCGAGGGGAGCUGAGCCGGUGCUGUGUGUGGAUGGCUUGGUGCAGAGGCUAGGCUCCUCUGGCUGGACAGUGCAGCGGGUCCGACUCUCUCCAGGGGAGACACUCCUGGCCGCGGCGGUGAAGAGCCCCGACAUCGAGGAGGCCGUCUGUGUGAUUGUACGACUGGGGGUAACACCCCAGCUUCUUCACACAGAGCCCAAAGUCUUCAGUUUUGAAUGGGCCACAGACGGCAUCCUUUUUUACACCAGUCAAGAAAAUCUGCAGUGCCGUCAAGUUUACCGUCUUGUCCUGAGUGCAGAAGGGAUUCAGAGGACCUUGGUCUACGAGGAGAAGGACCCAGCGUUCUUUGUGGAGGUGAGCAGCUCCAUGGACAGGCAGCUCCUGACCAUUAACUGCAGCAGUAAACGCAGCUCAGAGGUGCGUGUAACACACUGCAGGUCCCCGCUCCUCUCCCCUGUUCUGGUGCAGCCACGCCUCCCAGGCCUGCUGUACUAUGCAGAGCAUGCAGGCUCCCAGCUGUACCUCCUGGCCAACACAGCUCCUGAUAAUGAGUACCAGCUACUGCGAGCUCCGCUGACUGCGCCCCGGAUGGAGAACUGGCAUGUGGUGCACAGGCCCGCCCGUGGGGCUGGGCUGAUAGACUUGAUGAUGUUGGAGAACUGCAGUGUGAUGGCCAUGAGAGCCUGCCAGCAGCUCUGCCUGAACAUCAUUCCCCUCCCGGACCCUACACACAUCACCACUGUCAGGCUCCCUCCCUGGGCCUGUGCUUUCGAGCACGGGGCUAGCAGAGUGACGGACAACCAGACCUUCCAGUUUGUCCUCUCCUCCCCUGUUCAUCCUCCCGCACGCUUUCUGUACUCUCUGGCGAAAUGCCAGCUCUACUCAGAAGACGAAAACCUGAUACCACACCACGCUGCCUACAGUACUACACGAGUGGAGGCCACAAGCAAGGACGGGACACUGGUUCCAAUGACUGUCUUUCACAGGCAUGCCAAGGAUCGCCUGGGCAGUGCACCGCUGCUGGUUCACGUGUAUGGUGCUUAUGGGGUGGACAUCAACAUGGCUUUCAAACCAGAGAAGAGGAUGCUGUUGGACCAAGGCUGGACUUUGGCCUACUGUCAUGUCAGGGGAGGUGGGGAGCUGGGGCUGAGCUGGCACAGGGCAGGGUGUUUGGAGAGGAAGCACCGCGGAGUGGAAGAUCUGGAGGCCUGUAUCAAGAAGCUGUUUGACCAGGGUAUCUCCCAGCCCGCUUUGACUGCCAUUACUGCACACAGUGCUGGAGCUAUCUUGGUGGGGGCACUGUGCAAUGAACAGCCUCAGCUGCUCAGAGCUGUCACACUACAGGCUCCUUUCCUGGAUGUCCUGGGCACAAUGCAGGAUGCCUCUCUGCCCCUAACAGUCGAGGAACGGGAAGAGUGGGGUGACCCCCUGGCUGACCCCUGCCACUGGGACAGCAUCGCCAGCUACUGCCCCUGCCACAACAUCACUCCACAGAGGUACCCCUCCAUGCUGAUCACAGCUUAUGAAAGGGAUCAGAGAGUACCACUGGCAGGAGUGCUAAGAUACGUUGAGAGGCUGAGAGCAGCAGUGCAAACACAUAGUGGCCACAAUAAAACUGAAGCAGAAUCUUUGCCGUCAGUUGUUUUAGAUGUUCAGCCAGGGAGCGAUCACUUUGGCCCUGAAGACCUUGACAAGUCUCUGAAUGAGAUUGCCAGGCAGUAUGCAUUCCUGUACAGAGAGCUGGGGAUUGACUGGCAGUAUUGAAGAAAGAAGAACAGACGAUGCCAAAAACCUGCUUCACAGUGGAAACUGGCCAGACAAUGAACGUGGAGGGGGAAAUGUUAACCUAAGAGUAAUGUUUGAAGUCUGGCAAUGACGUGUGUGAACAGACUAGUCAAGCUCAGGGCCACAUGAAUAAAUCACACCUGCAGAAGGCUCCACAGCCCAAACGUGUUUUUUCUGCCUUUUUUAGUACCUAUUAACAUUUAAACCUAUUACUUGUUCCUCCACAUUAACUAAUGUCACGCAAGUAAGAGUCCCCAGGUCAUGUAAAAAACAGCCUUCUCCUGUUU